UGAAGAGCCAGCACUUCUGGGGCAUGUUGCCUGUUGGCAAGAGUUAAAUUCCAGCUGUUUGGGUGAGACAAGCAUGUGUUCGGCAAUGGCCAACAGCAGGGUAGUGGGGUGGCAGAAGGUGCUAUAUGAGCGUCAGCCUUUCCCUGAUAACUACGUGGACCGGAGGUUCCUGGAAGAGCUCCGCAAGAAUGUCUCUGCCCGGAAAUACCAGUACUGGUCUGUGGUCUUUGAGUCUGGGGUGGUGAUACAGCAGCUCUGCAGCGUCUGUGUCUUUGUGGUCAUCUGGUGGUACAUGGACGAAGGUCUGCUGGCCCCACAGUGGCUCUUCGGGACUGGAUUGGCUUCCUCCCUCCUUGGCUAUGUCUUGUUCGACCUCAUCGAUGGCGGGACGGGGAGGAAGAAGAGUGGGCGCACCAGGUGGGCUGACCUCAAGAGUGCCCUGGUCUUUAUCACCUUCACUUACGGCUUUUCCCCGGUGUUGAAGACGCUGACGGAAUCUGUCAGCACUGACACCAUCUAUGCCAUGUCUGUCUUCAUGCUUCUGGGUCACUUGAUCUUCUUUGACUACGGUGCCAAUGCUGCUAUCGUGUCCAGUACCCUCUCCCUGAACAUGGCCAUCUUUGCCUCUGUCUGCCUGGCUUCCCGCCUGCCUCGAUCCCUUCAUGCCUUCAUCAUGGUGACAUUCGCCAUCCAGAUCUUUGCCCUGUGGCCGAUGCUACAGAAGAAACUGAAGGCCUGUACCCCGUGCAGCUACGUGGGGGUCACGCUGCUCUUCGCUCUCUCUGCCCUGGUGGGGCUGCUGACCAUCAGCGGUGUGGGGGCCAUACUCUUUGCACUGCUGCUGCUCUCCAUCUCUUGCCUCUGUCCUUACUAUCUCAUCCGCCUGCAGCUUUUCAAGGAAAACAUUCACGGGCCUUGGGAUGAAGCUGAAAUCAAAGAAGACCUAUCCAGAUUCCUUACCUAGUCUGGGGAGUGCAGGGAACACCCACAUUUUAUUAUUAAAAGAUCAGAUGCCUCCCCCAGCCCCUGCCAAAGCAGGAAUGAGAGGAAGAAGGUCUCUCUUAGAAAGCAGCAGGUUGGAAGAUAUCUUCGAGAAGAAUGAAGUGGCAAUGGUUGGUGAUAAGCCCUAUCUCUCUGUCCUUCAGAGUUCUGGUAGCCUCUCCUGAGUCUGAGCCCUUCCUCGAAUAGUGCCAGCUAGCUGCAGGGGCACAGAAUCUAGGCAGCCCAGCUCAUCCCAACUUUUCAGUGUGUGUCAUAUUUGCCAGCUAAGUAAAGUUAAAACUUCUUUACUCAAAAUCUCAGAAUUUCCAUAACUUUUUACCACCCUGCCUUUCCAACCAUAGCUUAUACUGUUCUUUUCUGCUUCAUCUUCCCUGGACUACUUUCUCAAGAAGCUGCAGAGGGAGAGUUUAGCGUCUCCCCAUCUCCGUUCUCCAUCUUCAUUGCUGGAGGUGUACCUUUACAAAGAACUCUGUUCUUGGAGUGAGUUUUCCUCAUCUGGUGAAUCCCUAGCUGUCAGUUGACCUCCAACCCAAAUACUACCUAUUUAUUGUAUGGAGGCUUCUCUGAUACCUUCCUGGGGUUUCUUAGAGCAGCCUUUGUUGUAUACUCAUGCAUACCAUUGUUGUCCAAUAGCCCUACCAGACUGUGAGCCCCAUGAAGGCAAGGACUAUGUGCUAUCUGAAAUUUGUGUCUCUCUCAGCACCUAUCACAGAACUCUGAAUACAGGGGAAAAUUUAAUGUUUAUUUAAUGAAUGAAUAGAAAAGAGAAAGAUGGUCGGCAAAAAUACAACAAUUUGUCUUUAACUCUUGGGUUUAUGAUUCUGUAAUUUCUUGGGGGUACUAUUCACACUGAGAUAGAACCCUGGAAAGCUAGCUGCUGUGUUUAUAGAAUCAU